AUGAAACGUCUAGACGGCUACAUCAAAGCAUACAGAAAAGGAGACACGGAAGCCAUAAUGAAAUAUUACCAUCCAGACAACUUUGUCUACUCCGACUUCAGCACAUCCGAUCGCCACCUAAUGGGACUUUCCGAAGUAGCCUCCCACUACUCCAACACUUUCAGCAAUUUCCACGAUCUUACUAUCACCACCCUAUCCGUACACGGACACAAAGAUUUCACAGCGUGGGAAUGGGAAAUCACGUGCAAACCGGCUGUUUCUCCCGAGACAGGGGAGCGAUUAGAGAAGGAAGAGGCAGAGUUGAAGAAAUUGAUGGGUUGUACGUUGAUGUGGUGGGAGGAUGAUAAGAUUGUGAGGAAUCAUGAUUAUGUGCAGGUGAAAGAUGUUUAG